AUGCUCAAGCAUCUCCAACUACCCUCUCCACGCAAAGUGACUUUUAGACCUAACCCCUGCCCACGAGCGAUCUAUACAUUCAUAACUCGCUCCAAAGAGGAUAAGAAGGAAAAACCAGCUGUAGAUUAUGUCUUCUUUAUGAGACUGAUAAAAAUCUUGAAAAUUCUUAUCCCAGGCUGGUUUUCCAUUGAGACAUGGUAUUUGGUAAUGGUUGCAAUUUCUCUGAUUGCCCGAACAUAUGCUGAUGUGUGGAUGAUACAAAAUGGCACAGCAAUUGAGAGUGCUAUCAUUGGCAGAGAUAUGGAACUUUUUAAAGUCCAUUUAUUCCGAUUCAUUUAUGCAAUGCCAGCAGUUUCUGCAACAAAUAACUUCUUGAAAUAUGGCCUCAGUAAACUGAAACUACGAUUCCGAAUUCGUCUCUCUACACAUCUGUAUGAAAAGUAUCUAAAGGGUUUUACAUUUUACAAGAUGAGUAACCUAGACAACCGAAUAUCCAACCCUGAUCAACUGCUCACACAGGAUGUUGUGAAAUUUUGCAAUUCUGUUGCAGAUUUAUAUUCUAACUUGAGUAAGCCUGUAUUAGAUGUAAUCAUUUACACACUAAAGUUAGCGAGUAGCAUUGGACCCCAGGGACCAGCAACCAUGUUGGGGUACUUGGCUAUUUCAGGAUUAUUGCUAACUCGAGUACGCCGUCCAGUAGCAAAGAUGACAAUGAAAGAGCAACGUUUGGAAGGAGAUUAUCGUUAUGUCAAUUCUCGGUUGAUAACCAAUAGUGAAGAGGUGGCUUUCUACCAGGGCAACAAACGUGAACAUAAUAUCAUUAUUGCUACUUUUAAUAAAUUGGCUGAACAUGCUAGUAACUUCAUAUUUUUCCGCAUGCAAAUGGGUUUCAUAGACAGUAUCAUAGCAAAAUAUGUUGCUACAGUGAUUGGGUAUUUGGUGGUCAGUCGUCCAUUCCUCAAUCUGGCCCAUCCCAGGCAUUUGCGAAGUAGCCAUAGUGAACUUUUGGAGGAUUAUUACAAAAGUGGUCAAAUGUUAGUAAAGAUGGCUGAAGCAAUUGGAAGAAUAGCAUUAGCUGGACGUGAAAUGACUAGCCUUUCAGGUUUCACAGCACGUGUAACAGAAUUGAUGAACGUUCUUGAAGAUUUAAACAAAGGUCAUUAUGAACGUACUAUGGUAACUGAUAAUGGUUUAAAUAGUUCCAGUAUUUUAAAACCUGGUAGUGGCAAAGUGAUUUUCAAGGAUCACAUGAUCAAAUUUGAAAAAGUGCCUUUAGUAACUCCAAAUGGUGAUGUUCUUAUUAAAGAAUUGAGUUUUGAGGUUCAUUCCAAUAUGAAUGUGUUAGUAUGUGGACCUAAUGGUUGUGGAAAGAGUUCUUUAUUUCGAACGCUAGGAGAAUUAUGGCCAUUAUUUGGAGGAGUGAUGACCAAACCAGACAAAAGAAAGCUUUUCUAUGUUCCCCAGCGUCCAUACAUGGCAGUUGGGACCCUGCGGGAACAGAUGAUCUAUCCAGAUGUACAUGCAGAUCAGAUAGAAAGAGAAAUUAAUGAUGCGGAACUUGUUGAUAUUUUAGAGAAGGUUCAACUUGGAUAUUUGCUUGAAAGAGAAGAUGGUUGGGAAUCUGUAAAGGACUGGAUGGAUGUUUUAAGUGGUGGUGAAAAGCAAAGAAUGGCUAUGGCUCGCUUAUUUUAUCACAAACCUCAAUUUGCCAUACUUGAUGAAUGUACAAGUGCUGUCAGUGUUGAUGUUGAGGGAUUCAUUUAUCAGCAUUGCCGAAAACUUGGUAUAACAUUAUUCACCGUGUCUCACCGGAAGUCUCUUUGGGAACAUCAUGAGUAUUAUUUGAAAAUGGAUGGUCAAGGAAAUUAUGAAUUCAAACCAAUCACACCAGAAACUAAAGAAUUUGGGUCUUGA